UCUGGUUCGUUUUUUCAUUUUACAACUUCCUUGUACUGCUGUUGGCGACUCAUUGCUACACUGCUUUAUGGGUUUAUUAUUUAAAGAUCAUGGAGCUAGUGAGUUCUCUUGAGACACCGGACAGUCAGUCACAGGCUGCUGUCCCACUGUCCCCCAACACUUUUGUUCCUCCCACACUGAGAGGUGGUGAGUGUUACCACGUCUUCAUUAGCUACAGCAGCACCGACUACCAAUGGACCCACUCCGUCAUCAACCAGCUGGAGUCCUGUGGCCUGCAGGUCUGCUACCAUGAGCGCGACUUCACUCCCGGGCGCACCGUGUUGGAGAACAUGUCCGACUGCAUCCAGGAGAGCCAGAAGGUGCUGCUGGUUCUCAGCCCAGAGUUCGUGAGGAGCCGCUGGUGUCUCCUGGAGGCCAACAUGUCUCUGUUCAGAGACUGCCUGGAGAGGAAACCCAUCGUCCCAGUGCUGCUGCAGCCGGGCGUCUCGGUUCCCCUCCACCUCUGCCACCUCACCUACCUGGAGGCCAACGACCCCGACUUAAUGAAUAAGCUGCUCAAGGUGCUCUGCACCCCCAACCAGCAGCUUCAAGGCUCCACUGUGGUGCCCUUCCAGCCUCCCUCCAUCUACAACGGGAAGGCCCUGCAGCCGUUGACGGCUGUCAAUGAUGAGGGACUCAACAAAUGGGAUACUGGUCGGUUCAGUGACAUGGAGGUGCCAGACCAACUGCGCCUGAUCAUUGAGGACCAGGAGACAUACAGAUCAGCAGUGAGGAUGAUCAACAGUGUCUCUCAAAAUAAAGUGUGGCUGCGCCCAGUCUGGCUUAGAGCACUUGUUAGUUUUUUCAUUGCUAUAUUUUCUUUUGUGAUGGUAUGUCUCUGUUCAGUUUUGAUGACUUCAUUCAUAUCUGGCGACUAUUUUUCCAAAACCAAGGACACCAUUCAUUUUAAAUUAUUGAUGAUCACUUUUGCUGGUUUCUUCUUUGCUUUAUGUGGGCUGCUUAUUCAGCUUUGUCUCUGGAAGAAGGAUGAUGAGAAGUACAUUGUGAGGGAGAUGCAGAAAGCUAUGGGUCAGGCAAACGCAAUCCUCUCUGAGGAGAAGCUGUUAGUGGGCUGUCGGUCCAAUUCAAAAAUGUACCUGGUGUACGUUUCGCUGAAUGAUUGCAAACACGAGUUUGCAGAAACCUUUACUGAGCAGGUUGGUGCUGAGGACAUGUUCCAAAGAGCUCUGACCUUCUUCUCUUCAGGUUACGCCUGCUGCCUGGCCAAGAGACACUUUCCCUUUCCACAGCCCAGCUCCACCGGUCACCUGGAGGGAGGGGUGUGUUUCUGUCAGUAUGUCUCCCAGCAGCUGAGCAGGGGGGAAUGGGCAUAGGAGUAAAAGAAAAAGGAUCGACCGGCAUUAAUUGUCUAACAUUUGUCAGGUAAAAUGUAUAUAUCUCAGAAAACUUUCAUUAUUAUUUAACCCGAAUUUGCAUGCAAUGACUCUGUAAUCUUACCUGAUAUACAGUACCUGCAACCAAAAACAUGUCAUGUGAGUGGAGUCAGAAGAACCACUGAGAGUUUGUUUUAAAGGCAAAGUGACUCUAGUUCUGUAAGAAGCCCUUCACACAGCGGGACUGAUUCUGCCCCUUUAACAACCCUGAAAGCAGAACAGAGGCACAGAUUUAUAUUUUGUACUUCCUGAGUUUAUCUUCCGUUCUGUCUCUUGACACAGUGCGAGCAAUCUCCAUUAGUGUAUCAUCAAAAGGUAUGAAUGUACAUUACUGUGUACUGUAUGCUGUGCUUUAACGUGGUUAUACUUUGUAUUCAUAAAAAGACAAGUAGGAACCUGUUGGGGGAUUUGUUUUUUUAUCCAUUCAGUUCUUCAGCAAAAUCAGCCGAGACAUGAAAGCUGAAAUGUCCCAGAGCAAUUCUUUACAUGAAAUUGCUUCACUUAUAAUUGUUUUCAGUUUAUUCAUGUUUUCUUUCACAUAUUGUGUCUUUAUAACUCACAACAGCGUUUUUUACAUUCGCUUGUGUGAUUACAGGAUUAUAACAACACGUAUUUUCCCUUCAAUAGACAAUUUGCUGUAUGUUUAGCCCACCUGAGUUGAUUUAGUUCUUUUUGUUCUGCAGCAAGUGGCAUCACAUUACACUUCACAGAUUUUGAAAUGUGUUAUUAUACUUGCAAUUUAACUGACCAUAUUUGUCGUCCGUUUCAUUCUUCAGUAUAUUGUGGCAUUUGUAACUUUCAGUUUCAUUACAAAAGUCACAGUUGCAUCAAAACUGGACUUAUUUCAGAAUCAUCUGUGCCAAGUUGCAUAUGGAACUGACAGCAUGACUUUGAGUAGAUGUGUCUGUUUGUGUUUUACAUCUGUUUGGCAUCUUUUAGAGGAGAUUGCAGCAACUGAACAAGAUACAAAUGCACCGCUGAAAGUGGGUGUUUCGCAGUUUCAGUUUUCCAUAGAUCAUGGAGCCAGUGAGUUCUCUUGAGACACCGGACAGUCAGUCACAGGCUGCUGUCCCACUGUCCCCCAACACUUAUGUUCCUCCCACACUGAGAGGUGGUGAGUGUUACCACGUCUUCAUUAGCUACAGCAGCACCGACUACCAAUGGACCCACUCCGUCAUCAACCAGCUGGAGUCCUGUGGCCUGCAGGUCUGCUACCAUGAGCGCGACUUCACUCCCGGGCGCACCGUGUUGGAGAACAUGUCCGACUGCAUCCAGGAGAGCCAGAAGGUGCUGCUGGUUCUCAGCCCAGAGUUCGUGAGGAGCCGCUGGUGUCUCCUGGAGGCCAACAUGUCUCUGUUCAGAGACUGCCUGGAGAGGAAACCCAUCGUCCCAGUGCUGCUGCAGCCGGGCGUCUCGGUUCCCCUCCACCUCUGCCACCUCACCUACCUGGAGGCCAACGACCCCGACUUAAUGAAUAAGCUGCUCAAGGUGCUCUGCACCCCCAACCAGCAGCUUCAAGGCUCCACUGUGGUGCCAUUCCAGCCUCCCUCCAUCUACAACGGGAAGGCCCUGCAGCCGUUGACGGCUGUCAAUGAUGAGGGACUCAACAAAUGGGAUACUGGUCGGUUCAGUGACAUGGAGGUGCCAGACCAACUGCGCCUGAUCAUUGAGGACCAGGAGACAUACAGAUCAGCAGUGAGGAUGAUCAACAGUGUCUCUCAAAAUAAAGUGUGGCUGCGCCCAGUCUGGCUUAGAGUGCUGAUCUACAUUGCUGGUGUAAUACUUUUUUUAUGCUUAGUAGCUCUUUCUGUAUAUAUGACUGCAACAAUAUUAAGCAACUUUUUGAUGAGAGACAAAGGUCCUGUUGGAGUAUGGGUGUUCACUAUUGUUAGUUCCUACUGUGUUCCACUUGGGCUGAUUAUUCAGCUUUGUCUCUGGAAGAAGGAUGAUGAGAAGUACAUUGUGAGGGAGAUGCAGAAAGCUAUGGGUCAGGCAAACGCAAUCCUCUCUGAGGAGAAGCUGUUAGUGGGCUGUCGGUCCAAUUCAAAAAUGUACCUGGUGUACGUUUCGCUGGAUGAUUGCAAACACGAGUUUGCAGAAACCUUUACUGAGCAGAUUGGUGCUGAGGACAUGUUCCAAAGAGCUCUGACCUUCUUCUCUUCAGGUUACGCCUGCUGCCUGGCCAAGAGACACUUUCCCUUUCCACAGCCCAGCUCCACCGGUCACCUGGAGGGAGGGGUGUGUUUCUGUCAGUAUGUCUCCCAGCAGCUGAGCAGGGGGGAAUGGGCAUAGGAGUAAAAGAAAAGGAUCGACCGGCAUUAAUUGUCUAACAUUUGUCAGGUAAAAUGUAUAUAUCUCAGAAAUCUCUCAUUACUAUUUAACUCCAAUUUGCAUGCACUGACUCUGUAAUCUUACCUGACAUACCUGCAACAAAAGGUUUUACUAUAUAUCUCAGGCUCAGAAAAGCACAGUUUAACUUUAAAAAACAUUACCUGUUGAUAUCAUAGCUCCUCUCUCCAUUUUGUUUAGUAAAACCCCAUGCAAACAACCUGUCAUAUCUUGAGGAAGAGGUGCCAUUAAAAUUUCCCGUUAUGAGCCCUAUCCAGCUGUUUCUUGAACAAACUUAAAAGCAGAACAGUGAUGACGAGUUUCAGUUUCUACUUCCUGAGUUCCUUCUCGCUCAUCCACAUGGUGCAAUCACUCGUCAUUAUAUUUGCUUGACAUUUAUGUAUCAUGACCAUUGCUGUGAACUGCAUGUUUUCCUUUUACUGUAAUUUUUAUGUUUGCUCUUUAUGAAAAUGUGUCCCCUGCAGUGGAGAACAAAGCAUGGGACUUAGAAGUACAGUAGCAGUAUGGAGCUGGACCCUUUGUCCUGUAAUUUUGGAAGAUAGUACACAAAGUAGUCCUUGGGAUCUUUUUUUGUGAUACUUUUGACAUAGUCUAUUACAAUUUCCACACAAUCAGUUUCCUAUUUCUGUUAUACAAUUUGCCAUUGAUUCAAUUUUAGUUGCUUUGAAUUAAAACACACAAUACUUGAACCUUU